AUGUCUUCUUCUAACUCUAACGCUGGGCCUAUUACACCUAGCCCUACACCAACCCCCAACCCUGACCCAUCAGUGCACACAGGUAUCCCGCCAAGAGCUCCCAGUGCACGAGGUUCCAACCGCGAAAUGGGAUACGUCCCUCCACUUCGAUCUCUCACCAGUCCCCUCCGCAGCUCCAGAGGCAGCAGUGCAGAUAUCCCAAUCGAAUGGCACAACGAGGGCUUCAUCACCGAAGACUACAGAGUCGGCGGUCCAUACAUGUGCUCUCUACCCAUCAUCAUCGAGAAACUGACAAGACGACACAAGCUCUACCCCCAGAAAGAGAAAGACCGGGUUUUCACAAAGUAG